AUGAAUGCUGACGAACCUUUCCUAAAGUUUGAAACAGUUGAAGACUCUCAGAUUAAACUAGAUAUUCGCCAAUUAGAAGGAGAAAACCUGUGUUCCUCAACAGAAUCAUUGAAACCCUCGUUGGAAUUAGUUGAAUUCAAUGGCAAUAUUGCACCAGAUGCACAUCAGCACAAAGGAAUUGGUGGUUCAACACUCGGUUUAUACAAUUAUAGUUAUUCAUCGGAUGCAGGACUUGCAGCAAAUUUAUUUAAUAUUAUUGCAGAUGAUCAAUUUACGGAUUCUCUUAUACAAGAUGAUCAAAUUCAAUUCACGGAUCCUUCUCAUGUUCAAGAUGAUCAAACUCAAUUUACAGAUACUCCUCGUAUUCAAGCUGAUCAAAUUCAAAUUACAUAUUCCUCUCCUAUUCAAGAAUAUCAAUCUGCACCACCAAUGAUUUCAGUGGUUUACAAAGAACCUUUGUACACAGUCACUAAAACACCAACAAAAGAAAACGAUCGUUUUCUAAAGAAUAGAAAAUACAAUGCGGUCAUCAAAGAAGAGUCAUCAUCGAAUCAUCAAAAAAAGAACAAGAAAAGUCAAACUCUACCUACUCCUCUAGUUUAUCUUGGAUCACAAGAACCUCUUUCUUUUACUAUGAUCAAACACCCUAAAUUCUUGGUUCAAAGUGGAUGUGGAAUGUUUACAUUCGAGGUAAGAGGAAAUGCUAAUCCCAAUGACAUUAUCAUUAUAGCUCGUUGCACUCAACCACAUUUUUUCACUUUGAAUUCAUUCACUGCGAAUGUACCUUCAACUGGCGAGGUGAAAAUGAAUAUCAAAUUCACAAGAACCAACAGCGAUUGCAAUCAUGUUCAAUUGGUAUUUCACUUGAUCAAAGCUGACCCGCAUAUGGUUACUCUUUUUAAGAUAGAGACACCCAUGAUGGAUUUUUGCACCAAUACCAAAGAUCUUCCCAAUCCAACUAUCAUGUAUUGUGAAACUGAAUUGGUUCCAAUGAACGCUGAUCUUGUUAGACACACAGUUAAAUGUAAUCGUUUGAAAUGGGGAAAAUCGGUGAAACUUACAUUCUUUGUUGUAGAUUCAAAUAACACAGUGAUCUAUGUUGUUAAUCAAGAUGAUAUUCUUGGUCAAGAAGCUACAAAGACAUCGGCAUUCUUUGAUCUCCCAUCACACUGUGUCAAAAGGGAUUAUAAACUGUUUGCACAAUACGUUGGUCAAAAUAAAUCAGGUAAGAAUGCAAUACCACCUGUUCAAAUUGGUGAUAUUUGGCAAACACCUUUGCAAGAAGGUUAUAUCACUAUAUAA